GUGCGGGCCAAUGAGGUUUGAAUUUUGUUUAUUUCAUGGGUUGAAAGUCACUUGCUCUGUUGGUGUUCCGGAUUAAGUGUUUCCUAGUAUGUCACAUGCGUAAUCGUAAUUGCGGGGAGCCUAUGCUACUCUCGCGUGCGCGGGCGGCUCUCGAAACUCAACACUGGACCUACUGUCCGACAGGCCGCUUGGCCCCAGAACUCGUACAACCAACUGAAUCAUUAGCGUUGCUAGAGAUCAUCAUCCUUUUUGCCUAGCACCGGUGCCCCGCCUGUUACCUCUUAGUUGUCUUCAACAACACUGCGAAGAACAGCCCAGACCGGGCGGCGGUCUUUCUUUAGUGGCCGAUCUUACUUUCUUACAGGUUGGUUGAAUCGAAAAGGGCACCAUGGAUGAGAACCAAGCCGUUCAGUAUUUGGAAUCCUUGAUUGGCCAAACAUUACGAGUCCACGCGACAGACACGCGCAUUUUCGUGGGCGCUUUCAAGUGUACAGAUUCAGCGCGAAAUAUUAUCCUCGCAAGCACGUACGAAUAUCGCUUCCCUAGCCCAUCGGCAGUUCGAGAUGCUGCCACUGACGCAGAGAAUCAAGACUCCGCGAUAGGCGCAGCAUCCCAGAAUGUUAAAGUGAAUAUGACAAGUCGAUUUAUUGGUCUUGUGGUCGUCCCCGGCCAGCAUAUCACGAAGAUCGAGUUGGAGGAGACCCCUCAGCAAAGUCGCGUGCGGGAAACGCUCAAAAAAUCAUAAAGGCAACUCUCCACUACAAGCCGUUGAUUCCAGACCCUAAGCUCAAGCCUCCCUUCAGUUCCGAUUCGGCCGGCAUGGCACAUUAAUAUCGAAUAAUAAUGAAGGAAAACACCUGGAAAACAAGCGGUCAACUGCGCUACUAAUGCAAGUCUGGCAACAUCGGCCUGCGAAUCCUACUUGGAUAUCCUUGGCUGGGAAAUUUUUUCCCUUUACCGCGUCCUUAUAUCGCCAAAGGCUGAACUUAAGAUAUACGACCUAAAACCCUCCACA